AAAUAAAAAAUUAUUCUUUUAAGGACAAGAUUUAAAAAGAAAUUGCAAUUUGGAAUAUUCACAUGUGUUAAUCUUUUUCCUUCCCAAGACAAAAUUAGUAUUCUUACAAUAAUAGUCCCAUUUGGUCAUAUGCCUUUCAACUGAAAGUCAGUCUUUCAAGGCAAUUACAGACUUCGUUCGUGUUGUGUGUAAAAGCUCCAAUGGGGUGUUGGCACUCUUCUUUGAGCUCCAAAGACCCUACCUCCGACCACCGCCAUGUUCACACCCAUAAGCCUCCUCGUUUCUCUAACGGCACCACCGCCGCAGCUCCCGCCGUGUCUGACGGCGGCGUACCUGCCUUCUCUGAGUUUUCAUUAGCUGAGCUCAAAACAGCUACUAAUAACUUCAGCUCCGAAUUUAUAGUUUCUGAAAGCGGCGAAAAGGCGCCGAAUGUGGUUUACAAAGGUCGUCUACAGAAUCGCCGGUGGAUCGCUGUUAAGAAAUUUACUAAAUUAGCCUGGCCUGAUCCUAAACAAUUCGCGGAUGAAGCUUGGGGUGUUGGGAAGUUGAGACAUAAAAGGGUCGCCAAUUUGAUAGGUUACUGCUGCGAUGGUGAUGAGAGACUGCUUGUAGCUGAAUAUAUGCCCAACGAUACACUUGCAAAACAUCUGUUUCACUGGGAAAAUCAAACGCUUGAAUGGGCCAUGCGUUUAAGAGUGGCUUUAUAUAUUGCUGAGGCAUUGAAUUAUUGUAGCAGUGAAGGUCGACCAUUAUACCAUGAUUUGAACGCAUAUAGGGUUCUCUUCGAUGAGAAUGGCGAUCCCCGUCUUUCUUGUUUUGGGCUGAUGAAAAAUAGCAGGGAUGGUAAAAGUUACAGUACAAACCUUGCUUAUACACCUCCUGAGUACUUAAGAAAUGGGAGAGUUACUCCAGAAAGUGUUGUUUUCAGUUUUGGGACAGUCCUCUUGGACCUCCUAAGUGGAAAGCAUAUCCCGCCUGGUCAUGCACUUGAUAUGAUCCGGGGCAAAAACAUUCUUCUGUUAAUGGAUUCACAUUUGGAGGGAAAUUUCUCUACAGAAGAGGCAACUGUGGUUCUAGAUCUGGCUUCAAGAUGCUUGCAGUACGAACCUAGGGAGCGACCAAAUAUCAAAGAUCUCGUUACAACACUCAGUCCAUUACAAAGUAAACCUGAAGUUGCAUCUCAUGUGAUGCUCGGAAUUCCUAAGAAUGAGGAAGCUCCUCCAACCCCACAGCACCCCCUUUCUGCCAUGGGCGAUGCUUGUUCAAGAAUGGAUCUCACAGCCAUUCAUCAAAUUUUGGUGAUGAUACACUACAAAGAUGACGAAGGAACAAAUGAGUUAUCUUUCCAAGAAUGGACCCAACAAAUGAGGGAUAUGUUAGAGGCGAGAAAGCGUGGGGACUUGGCAUUUCGGGACAAGGAAUUCAAGACGGCCAUAGAUUGUUAUUCUCAGUUCAUAGAUGUCGGAACAAUGGUAUCACCAACUGUUUAUGCUCGGAGAAGCCUUUGCUAUCUUAUGUGUGAUCAACCUGAUGCGGCCCUUAGAGAUGCAAUGCAAGCACAAUGUGUCUGCCCAGAAUGGUCCACAGCAUUUUACAUGCAGGCAGUUGCCCUUUCCAAGUUAGACAUGCACAAAGAUGCAGCUGAUAUGUUGAAUGAGGCUGCAACUCUAGAAGAAAAAAGGCAGCGAGGUGGAAGAGGAUCUUGAUACUGCCCAAUCUGUAUCAUUCUUUUGUAGCCCUGGUCCAAUCAAUUGUUUUCGAUUUUGCAAAAUUAACCAAGCUCCUGUAUCAUUUGGUUUGAGACUCUGAGGAUUGAUUUACUCACUUUGUAGAUUCUCAUGGCAGUUUGUUCACUAUAAUUUGUGAAAAUAAUUUCCAAUGUG